CUCGCUCUUCCUUGCCGGAGGCCAGUCGAAAUUUCAGGUUAGUUCCAAAAUUUUAGUGUCCAAAUUCCAAGUGAUAAACCUCAAUAGAAAUAAGAAAAAAAAGACCCCGAAGUAAAUUCUCAGUUCCUCCGCGUUCCCGGAACUUGUUGUUCCGUCGGCGUGGGACCCCUUAAACGGAGUUAAUUGGUUCGCGGCUGUGAAUAGAGCGCCAUGAACGGGAACUCGUCGAGAGAGACAGAAAAAAUGCAUUAAAGGAACCCGGGUUCCGUCGAGAGGUUAUAUUUCCAGUCAAUUAUCGCCCGCGCCAAUUUUACAACGGAAAAAAUUAAUCUUUCUCCGCGAACGUGCGCCCCGACGCCCUGCCCCGCUCUCGGAGGAAGAUGACGUCAUGACGUCAUUCACUGCAACUUGACGCUAUUAUCAUUCUCGCCGGAUAGCAGGGUGUAAUCGCUGCAGUAGGAGCAGGCGAUGGUGAAGCUCCCUUCCAACCUAAAAAGUCACACAGGUCGACCAUGGAAACGACGUUGAUACAGGACGAGUGAGGCGACAGACAAUCCUGAAUGUCGCAACCGCACCGGUGUCAAGGGAUGUGCGGAGGCGGGCGAGCCCUGACCUGCGGCUGCUUCGGGGUCCCGCAGACCGACUCGGUCGACUUCUGCCAGGGGCUGCAGGAGCCGGAGUAUCCGCGAGCGGCGUGCGCGCGCAUAGCCGGCGGCGCGUGCUCAUGCAACAAGCAACGGCAACAACAGACCACCUGCAACAACCAACGGCAACAACAGACCAGAUGCUGUCCGCAACAAACGCAAUGCAAGCGGAAGGAAGAGUGCAUCGUCUGCUACAUCCCGCAGGACGGGGCCGGACAGAACUGCUGUCGCUGUCAGCCGCGCAGGGCGUCGUGCCAGCAGCCCCAGCUCCAAGCCUGCCCGUCGCAGGCCUGCGUCCAGCCAUGCCAGCCGAAGCCCCGCUCGAACUCCUGUUGCUCUCGGAAGCCUCUGCUCGAGUGCAUCAAGUUCCCCAACGGCCCCGGCUGCGUGCCCAUGACCUGCGAGGCCCUGCCCAACUGCCCCAACAAGUUCAUCUGCCGCCCGCUCGAGCAGAACCCGUGCCAGCAGCGCGAGCGGCGCCAGGAGCCGUGUCAGACGCAGCCGCAGUCCUUCAUCUUCCAGUCGUGUCCGUCCAACCACAAGAGCGGCUGUAAGACGGGCUGCAAGCCGGCGGCCGCGAAACCGCUCAAACUCAUGUGCAAGAUCACGCCCAUCCCAGCGCCGAGCCCGACCGCGCCGGCUGCCGAGCCCAAGGACCUCUUCGGGAGCGCCAGACCCGCGGAAGAGGCCAAGGAGGACACUUGGAGUGAGUUCAGGAGAAACCUUAACUAACGGAAGCUCGAGACCCACGGAAGAGGCCAAGGAGGACACUUGGAGUGAGUUCAGGAGAAACCUUAACUAACGGAAGCUCGAGACCCACGGAAGAGGCCAAGGAGGACACUUGGAGUGAGUUCAGGAGGAACCUUAACUAACGGGAACGCAAGACCCACGGAAGAGGCCAUAGACACUAGGAGUGAAUUCAGAAGGAACCCUAACUGACGGGAGUGCGAGACACACGAAAGAGGCCAAAGAGGACACUUGGAGUGUUCAGGAGGGACCUUAACUGACAUUCAAACGAUGCGACAGAGGCGGAUCGUCCAAUCAGCGUGAUGGCUUGACCUCCACGCUCCUCCUCCGUCGCAGAUCUCCACGGAGCUUCUAGCGGCUGGUUCAAGACCCACGGAAGAGGCAAAGGAAGACACUUAGAGUGAGUUCAGGAGGAACCUAAACUAACAUUCGACAGAGGCCAAUCGUCCAAUCAGCGUGACGGCUGAGGGGAUGUCGCAGAUCUCCGCGGAGCUUUUGGUGGCUGGUCAUUUCGGCCAAUGGGUCAGUUGCGCUGAUCACAGAAUCGUGUUUGGAUGCUUUAUUCUUGUAGAUUAACUAAUUUUCAGAUCUGUUCAAACUUCAACUUUCAACGUUGAAUAUUAACCGAGAUAUCGCACCUUGAAAAACUCGAUUUACGACGUCUUCCAACGUGGUAGUACGAACCAUGUUAUACACCUCUGCGGUGGAUGACGUCAAAAACCCGACUAUUCAAAGGACGACAUCUCGGUUAAUAUCCAACGCAGACAGUUGCCGUUCGGGCAGAUCUUAUUUUUAGGUAAUCUACAAGAACCAAGCAUCAAAGCACGAUUCUGUUGCCAACGUAACUGGCGCAUUGGAUGAAUAUGGCAAUGGAUGAAUAGGGACGAUUCGGUUCAACACGGAAGAAAAUGAAUCGCUACUCUUAAAAUGCUAAAACUGGAUUCCAGGUUUACCUGCUUUCCUAGAUGCAGGUGCAAUGUUGCUUUUAUGUCAAUGUCGCAGGCAAAUAAUCAGAUCAGGCAUUUUUAACAAAUGCCUAAGCAAAUAGUCAAAUUGUUAUAGUGUGAAAGGAUUUGUAGGCUUUCACAAAGAUCUCUCAAAUCGCCGAAAUUUUGAGGGUAAAAAUACAUCAAAGUACAAACUGCACAUCUUAAACCGUUCAAAUUGUAAGAAACUCAAUGCUUCACAAAAUUCUGCAUAUUUUGAGAUGAUUGUUCGUUUCAGGAUCAGAAAAAACUUCGUUUUUACAGAGAAUUAUUUCCCACAUGAUUAAAGAAAUAUUUGGUCCGUGGUUAGCAAAAUAAACGGAAUUUCAGUUUAAGUUAGAACAUUUGACAAUUUGCCUUGGCAUUUGCCUGAUUUGAAAUGCCUGAUUUGACUUUUUACCUGCGACAUCAACAAUUAUAUUGGUCCCGGCAAAAAUGUUACUGGACUCGAAAAACUAAUGUCGCGACCAGACUAUUUUUUACUACAAUAAUAUUACUGCAUCUAUCUAGGAAAAGUAAGGCCGGUCUGGAAAUUACUAGGAGCAUUCUUUGAGCACCAAUUAUUUUUUCUCCGAGGACAAGCAGCUCAGACUUAGAAGGUAAUUUGUUUAUGCAUUAAAAAAAACAUUCUUUUACUUUAACUCGCGUCCGAUUAAAUGAACAACUGCUGAUUUACUGAAUUUGCAUGUUGCUUAAGCAGAACAUUGCGGAAGCAGUUGCGUAAGAAUGUGAAAUUUGGAGACUCAUAUAUUAUGAAGAUACGAGCGAAGAAAGAGUUGUGGGAAAAUGUAAGCCCGGAGUGGUCAGGAAGAAUUAAUCUGCCUCUACUCUAUCUCUCUUGGAAAUCGUUUUGACUUUGUAAUGAUAAAAAUUGAAUGAUUAAAGGGCACCGCACUGCUGUUCAAUAGGGGAAUUUAGAGCAUAUUUCACUUAUGAUCUUGAAGUAUAAAAAUUCUACCGCUUCAAUUGAAAAAAGGGGGUAAAGAAUUCUCUCUCGUGUAACUGAAAUGCCAAAUUUUUUAUCUGCAUGCCAAAAGGUUUCUCCUUCUAUUCUGUUUUCUGUAUUUCAUUAUAACUUAAGCUGUUUUCAUUAGUUCAAGUUUAUUAUCUAAUUUUGGUUUCAAAUUAUUCAGUGGCAAACUAUAUACAAGUCCACGCCCGUUAGAUUUAUAGCACUCCAUCAAACACUUUCAUGUUGAAUAAAAUCAGUUCGGAAAAUUA